AUUUUAGAAAUAAAUUCAUGCUCAUCGCGAUUCUUCGUAAUCCUAGAGAGAUGCCACAGUCACAACCGCUUAGGUCUUGUGUUCACAAUUUCUGCGCUGGGCGAAAUCAGUUGCUUUGCUCCACUUAGGUAAUUCAUAGCGCGUACGAUCAAUAUUAGCACCACAACUUGAUAUAACGAACAAAUUGAAACUCGCAGCACACAACCGUACACACAUGAAUAGUCGAGGACGCAUUGCCCCUCACGGUAAUUUUUCAACUCACGUAAGUAUAUAAAGUACCCUAUUGACGGCGCGCAUACCCUAAUAGUACCAGGAUGAAACAGAACGACCAGAGCCCACCUUUAACUUUUCAUGUUUGUAAACGUUGUCAAUGAGAACCGCCUUGUUUUUGAUUUUGACCAACUCCACGGUUUUGUUUUAUCGUUUUCCCGAAUUCUGAGGACAGAACUUUCACAUUAGGUCCUCCGUAAAAAUGGUCGCGCUUUUACUUUUACCUCAAUUCUGAAACUGAAACCAUCACACUGGCUCUGGACACGACGCCAGCCGCGCUUUCAUCUACCACAAAGAAAUAGAAGUAGUCAGCUGGUUCAAGAACUUCAAGCCUAUAGUACUAGCGUUAGUAUAUGUAAGUGACAAAAAUUCGACGCGGAGAGAACGUAGAAUUUAUUUUGAAGAAGUAUUUCAUCUAAAUAGACUGAUAAGAUGUACGCUCCCUCGGAAAAAGGCAAGGGGAAGCACAAGGGCGGCAAGGGCGAUUUCGUCUCCACCAGGGGGCUCGGCGAGGAUGAGCAUCUGUAUGUGGAACGACGGUUGAAGCUCUACGUCGGAGGGUUACCAAACUGGAUCGAUGACCAUUCGGUACUGAUAGUGUUUUUGUGAGGUAAAAUAUAAGUAUCGUAGUGAGUGUGAAAGAAUGAGGCCGCAGCUACGUUUGUUGGUGGACACAAUUCAUCUACAGAAAGCUAUAUUAAGUAUCUACUUUGCCAUCAAUCUUUCCUCGCACAACAAUUCCAACGCAGCUUCAGCAGCACUUUGGCAAAUACGGCCCGCUCGUGGAAGCGACUUUGUGCCGGAAGGAGGGAAAGUUUCCCUUCGCUUUCAUCACCUACAAGCAAGCGGCAGACGCGGACGCCGCUUUCUUAUGGAUUGUAAAAAUGUCUGGGUCUGGAAACUUGUGAUGCUGGGUGGCGUCUCAUGAUGAGGCUACAAAUGCUGGCUCAGCAUGACAAGUUUCUGAGCUCCUAGGUGUUGCCUAUUCUGCAUGACAAACAGCGUUUCUGCAUGACAGAAAAAUGGGGUUCUUGGGUAAGGUGCAUGACAGAUUUAAGAGCCAUGCCAGACAAGCAUGACAAACAUGAAUUCUUCCAGACCCAGACAUUUUUGCAAUCCAUAUUUCUUAGACGGACACAAUUUCCCCGGACUGGAACCGCCGCAGCACCUGAUAUGACAGUGCACCACUCCCCCUCCCUCUCAUUUCUUGUCAUGCAAAAUCCCAAAUCCAGUCGCUGCCCUGUGGCACUGUUUGCAUGACAAAUUUCGAAAGCCCAAACAGUACUACAGUAGGCACACAAAUUUGUCAUGCACAGGCUCCAGGGUCGCUGGCGUUUGUAUUGCUGUUCAUGCAAUACAAAUGAGUGGGAGGGGGAGUUGUGCCCUGUCAUACCUGACGCUCCGGUAUCAGAGUGAGAAAGACGUGAAGGACAAGCUGAAAACCGAAGAGGAGCUCUAUCCCUUCUUGCGGUCGCCCGAUCCGGCGAAAAUUUUCGUUGGCUACGUGCAGGAAUGGCACACGGAGGACGAAUUGGGAAAAUUCUUCUCGCAAUGGGGUAAGUACUUUUUAAACAUGAAGAUUGGAAUGAGUUUUGCUGGAGGAUAUUAUAAACGAUGCUAUGCACACAGACACAGCCUGACAAUUAUGUCGCACAUGACUUAUUUCCAUUUCAAUUUUGGGACACAAAAAGAAAAACGAAACCAACUCAGGGAUGGUACUCUUAGUGGAGCGGGCGGGACACCAGCUGAAGGGCGAUGGAAAGGGGGGAAAGCAGAAAAGUCGAGGCUUCGCAUUCAUCCACUAUGCGUCAAGAGAAGCAGCAAUCAGAAUAUUCUUGGAGGUAAUGGAAUGAUCAUGAUCAACAACUAGUUCUAGUAAUUGAAGACCACGCUGCCAUGCCAAUAUGUUGCUGAUUUUCUUACUGCAAAGUGGUGUCAUGGGUACUUACUACAUUUCCAUUUGUGAUCCUCGGUUAUUUUUUUUUCACGAAGAAACCUCAAAACUGAAACUUCCCUCAUCUAUCUGUGCAUUUUUUCUGAAUCAAACCAUCCGACCCACCAUCCGAACAUGUUAUAACAGAAAGACAACACGGUCUAUCUCCGCGGGUCCAACCUACUGCUAAAAACCGCGGAAACCAGUCAUAAGGCAUAUCACAAUGAAAAAUGCCCCCACCCCCGAAUUUGGGAGCAUUUGUAUUGCAAACCUUUCCAAAUGAAACAUUCGCCCUCUUGCAUCUAUCAGCGUCACAGAUUUCCGAUCGUGAAUAGCAGAAAUUUGUAUUGCAAAAGAUCCCAGCAAGAGCGACGCUUGUCAUGCAAGCAAUGCUAUAUACGCCCAGACUCUGCAUCACAAAGAUUCAUAUUCCUUUGAUGCAUGACAAAAGGUUUUCAUUUGGAAACCUCGCAUCACAACUUUUGGGGUGGGUGCAUUUUUCAUGGUCAUAAGGCACCGAUGGACGAGGCAAAAAGGCAGGAGAUGGUCAUGCGCGCACUGGGAAGACACGCCAUUGAGCGAGGAUUGGCAUUAUCAAAUGUAAAAAUGUCUGGGUCUAGAAGAAUCCAACUUGUCAUCCUGAUUUUGGAUUCUAAAAAAAUCUGUAUUGCAUGAGCAGCAAAGAGAGUCCAAGUUUUGCUACACGGAAAGAGCAUUUGUCAUGCGGUAUAGGCAUCAGGAAGCCCUCACAAAAUUUGUGAUGCUAGGGCAUGCAUCACAGACAUCAGGAGUCAUGCAAAAUGUGCAUGACAAACCUGGCAAUCUUCCAGACCCAGACAUUUUUACAUUUGAUAAGCACCGCCGGUCGCGCCGAUGCCGGUAGUGGCGGCACCACCACCGGGCGUGAACUAUAGCGUAAGCACAUAAUUUUUUUAUACUAUAAUAUGGUUCCCUGACUGGUGUUUUGGUAAAAAGUAGCUGUGUUCCUGCGUAGAAGCAGGCGUGUGGUCUACUUUUUGAACUACAACUGGGCUGUUGAUGUGAAUGUUGACGAACAAUGUUAAUGUAGCAGUAGCUAUCAGUACUGUGACCGUCGCAAAAAAAAAAACAGGCCCCGCCGGCCUAUGUGGACCCGCAUGCUGGGUAUUACGCACAACAACCGCAGUACGCAGCGCAGCCGCAGUACGCCCAGCCCCAGGUGGUGUACUAUGCCGACCCGAACGCGCAGUAUGCGGCCGCGCCCCCGCCAGCGCCACCCCAGUAUGCGGCGCCCCCACCGCAGUAUGCCCACGAUCCCAAUGCCCCCCCACCGCAGUACCACUACGCGGCCCCCGCGGCGCCGCCACCCGGCGGCCAGCCGCCGCCGGUGCAGUACCAGUACCACGCCGCUCCGCCACCGCAGCAUGCCGGUGCUCCACCGCAACAUGCCGGUGCUCCACCCGCACAACAACACCAUCAACAUGCGCCGCCGCCCGCGGGAGCACACCAACAUGCGCCACCGCCGCAGCACGCCCCGCAGCACCACCAGCACCAGCAGCCGCAGCAUUACGCACAGGCGCCGCCGCCGCAGCAGCACGCGCAACAACCACCUCCGGUCGCGCAGGAACCAAAUUACGGAGCGGGCUUUGGGGAAUCAUACCAGUAUCACACACAGCCGCCACCGGCUGGGCAAGCGCCACCGCCGGCAGCAGGAAGUGCGCCAGCGGGACACGCACCUCCGCAGGGUCAGCACCACCAACCGCCGCCAGGGCAGGGGGGACAACCGGUACUAUAAUGGGUGACAUGAUAUGUUGAUUUUUACUCUGAUCUGAAUUUUAAAUUGAUUUCUGAAUUGUUUCGAAAAAUACAACAAAUGCUUUUGGUUCUUGCACUGAUUAUUUUUGAACAAAAUUGCAAACAAAAUCACAGCAAUAUGUCGAGUAUGCGCCGGCACCGCAGCAGCCGCAGGCACCGCAGCAGAGAUAUGCUCCGUAUUAAAGCAAAAAAACAGUCAAUGUACAACCUCUUUUUACAUCACAAUCGCCGUGGAAAAUUACUACACGAAAUAAGAAAACCGUUGCAAGUCAGAUGCAUGAGCAGCCUGGCUCUGGUGACGCUGUUAAACUUUAUAUCCGCGAGAAGAUGCAUGUGCAUCGCAGCACACGACCCUCCUGCUCCGGAAUGGCGGCUGCGACUGCACAGGACUUCUAGUGCAGCAGCUCAUUCUCGCACUUGAAAGGCUCUAUGAGAAUCGUGAUAUAAUUACCACCAUCAAUUUCAAGUGUAACAAUUUUUUACGCCCACUUGUUCGUGAGACGCACACGGAAUGUCUUUCAUCUCCUGUGUCUAUUCAUAGGUCGAAAACAGCAGCAGACUUUGGUUUUCGUAUGCUUCCACCUACUAGAUGACCACCGAGAAAAGGUAGAACAUUCAACACUUAAACACAUCACGGCGCUGUGGUCGCUCUAGGCACUUUCUGACGAGACACGAAUCGACCUUGCUGCCCUAUACUUAUACAAAACCCUCCUGUGUUCACUUAUUUUUUCCUACGCCCUGUACCGCCACGUACUACGUGCUAGUCUUCUCUAUGAAUGCAUCUAUGAAUUUGAAUGUACAUUGAGGGGACCAUAAUAGAUUCUGAAUCUGAUUGUGAUCAUGCCAAUGGCCCCCACACUGGAUGUGCCAGUCUAAUUUUCGUAUAUUCCCUUUAUACGCUUGUAUCUGUAUGUAUCACCGCCAAUCAAUGCCGAGAUUGAGAUGUCUUCGCUGUAAUCGCACAUGACGACCGUACGAGAAAUUAUUUCUUCAAAUGUACCUCUAUCUAGUAGUACGUAUUUUGGUCCUGACCCUCAUCGCGUCGUCGCCUUUUCAAACGCAACACGCAAAACCGUUCUAGUGGCGUUUCGGAGAUAUCUUUUCGUUUUUUCGCACAUAUAUUUCAAGCGAUCGAUGGAAAUUACAACGCACAUGAAAACAAGCAAAUUUUGGUUGUGCUCUAAAUAAUUCUUGAAAAUAAAUCCCUUGAUGAAUUCUUUUAGCGUAGAAAUGUGAAAAUGAUCUAGUAGUAGCAGUAUCCUUGUUUCGAAUAGUUUUGCGUUUGCUUCGAGCAAAAACUAAAUGAGUCUUAAAGUUGCCUUCAGAUUUUCUUGCCUUUGGCCCCUUCUUCCUAGGUCAUCUUAUCGGAGCAACCUCCAUACCGCGACCUCUAUACGACGCAAAAUUUACGCCGCACACUUCUCUCCUAGACGACGGACUAUAUCCUCUUCGCGGUUUUUGGGCAAGCCAAGGAAGACAAUGACUGCAGAGCUGAUAAGGAGCUUCCCCAUUCCACUAUCACCUGGAGUCCUUUGGUCGUAAAAAAGUUCUCAAUCCGGCCAGAGGCGGCCGAUUCUUUUAAUAUUGUCCUACAUUUCGCAGUUAUGAGCUCAAGUUGAUGUCUUUCCGACUUUUAUUCAUUUUCGACCGCAGAUUUUGCAACACUUGUUUCCCGGUAGACAACUACGUAGAAAAGUUUUCUUCUAAGUGCCGAGUUUAUAAUCCGAGAAGCAGUGGCGUUGUGCGGAAAAGUGACAAGACGGGAGUUGCGCUUGCGGUCGGUUUGGCGAGGAACCAAGCAGACGCGGCGUGGUGGACUGCGGGUGACCGAUCUUGUGAGCGAGCUGUCCUUUGUUCCGGCGGCCGAAACGAAGAAGCUUCUACACCAUGAUCCCCGAUUUUCGUUGUGGUGCUGUGCCCAACGUGAUGGUGGUAACAAUCAGUGGCGAGGAAAGUGUGCAAUGUGCAAAUAAAGCCAACAAAUUGGUCCCGCUAUUCCACGAAUUCAUCCUGAUGCCGCUUCGAACCUCAUAGAUCGGACACCAAGGCGAGGAGAACGAUAACUUUUUCGCAUAUGAUAGUAUUGUGCUGUGCCUAGUUUCUUUCAUGCUUUUUUUCGCUUCUUUGUCUUAUGGUGAUCAUCUCUAUCAAAUUUAUUCGUAUCCCGGACGCGCUGACGCGUUGGUAUCUAUUCCGACAAGAUCCACGAAGUACAAGAAGUCAGAUCGCACAACGAAAAGAAGGAGCAGAGUUUUGUCCUCAAGCGAGGAGACGCGCGAGCGACCUUUCGCGGAUGUCGCUCCACGUGUUGCGCCCCUUCCAUUGUGCGUGUCCUGAGGGCAGGGCGUUUUUACAUUGGCCAAGAGCCAUCAAUGGCAC